AUGGCCCAAGUUUUACCUUAUGGAAGCUGCGAGCAGGAGUUAUUCCAAAAAAUGAUGGACAGGAAGCAUCAAUCAACACGUGACAGAAUAUGUGAUAAGGUGUUUGUUGUUGGGGCAUACCAUUCUCGGCCUUUGACAACAGAAGAGCAACAUGCAAUUUUUCUAGUGUGUGGAAAUGUGCAUUCAGUUAUGUUUUUUAAACGACUCUAUGCUCAUCAGCAGAUUGUACAUUGUGUUGAGUACAAGUCCACUUUCAGAAGGGACAAUUCUGUGAUUCACUUUAAUGGACAUGGUUUUGGACGAGUGCAUUGUUUUGUGAAACUUACAACACUCUGUUCAUCAGACUGUAAUGAGAAGUGUUGUGGACCGUCCUUCUACGCCUUGGUGAGGGUAAUGGAAAGAUCAGCUGAAGUGCAAGACCAUGUCCCUCGCAGCACUUUUCACAGACACAUGGUUACAUUGAAACCAAGCUCAGGACAGCUUACAGCAAUUAAUGUAAAAGACAUAACCGAUGUUUGUGUUUGCGUUACAGUUAGUGACAGACUGUGUUUUGUGUCGGUAAUCCCAAAUAAAGUGGAGAAAGAAAUUACCACACUAGUGUCAGAGAAAAAAGCAAGAGUGUUAAGGGUUUCAGCUGAUAGUAAUCAUCAAGAGGAUGCAGAGUACACUUUGUCUGAAAAUGAUGUAAACGUAGACAUUGAAACAACUACCUGUGACAGUGAUACCCAGCAAAGUUCUGUUGGAUUUCAAGAGACCAACAGUUUGGAAUUUUUGGCACUUGUAGCAGAGAAUAGAGAGCUAAACGAGAAAGUUGCUUCUCUCUUAAAUGAUAAAAGAGACCUUAUUAGGAAGAACAGAGAUCUUGAAGAAAAGGUGCAGAGUCAGUCAUAUAUAAGAUGUCAUAAUCUCAAAUGCAAUAACAAAACAGAUGAGUUCAAGUAUUAUACUGGUUUUCCUGCCCGGGUUUUUAAUGUUAUUUUUGAAUUUUUAUGCCCUGUUGAUGAACCAUUUCAAUAUUCAAGUAGCUUGAAAAAUGUUCCACUUAAAGAUCAAUUUUUACUGAUUCUAAUAAAAUUAAGACAAAACUUUGACUUUAAACACAUAUCACGACUCUUUGGAAUUCCACCUCAGGACUGCAGCACUGUCUUUACUAAAUGGAUAAAUUUCUUGUUUUAUCGUUUCGGUUCUGUACCCAUUUGGCCAAAUAGGGAAGUUAUCAUUCAAAACAUGCCCCCAAAAUUUAAAGAAGAAUUUCCAAAUACACUUGUCAUUAUUGAUGACACUGAGUUGAAAAUUCAGAGACAUAGUUCUUUAAGUAAGCAAAGCCAGUGUUACUCAGAUUAUAAAUCUAGUACAACGUUGAAAGGGCUUGUUGGUAUUGAUCCUAGAGGAUCUAUCAUUUUUGCUUCAAUGUUAUUCACUGGUUCAGUGUCAGAUAAUGAUAUCACAAUUCAAAGUGGAUUUUUAAAUUUACUGCUGGUAAAAUCAAUGAGGGGGAUGGAGUAAUGGCUGAUAAGGGUUUAGAAUUGAAAAAGAUAUAGAAAAAUUGGGUUUACAGUCUAAUUGUCCACCUUUUGCUCCUACUUCUGGUCAGAUGAAACCAUCAGAUGUAAAAUGACAGAGAAAGUGGCUACUCAUCGAGUUCAUGUAGAAAGAGCUAUAGCCAGAGUGAACAAAUUUAAAAUUUUGGAUAAAAGAGUAGACCUUAGUUUAUUCAGUUCAAUCAAUCAAAUUUGGUUUGUAUGUUGCUUUUUGACGAAUUUUAUCCCUUUUUUAAUUCAGGACUAACAGAAUAUAUUAUGAUUAGUUAAAUGUGACAUAUUAUGUAAUUUU